AUGUUAAAUUUUAAGAAUAUUUACAAAUUAUUUAUUCAAGCAAAACCUACUCCAAACCCAAAUUUUUUGAAAUUUAUUCCAGGUGGAAAGUCAGUUAUGCUAAAUGGAACCUAUGAUUUUACAAGACCAAGAGAAGCUAAAUGUUCUCCUUUGGCUUAAAAACUAUUUAUGAUUGAUGGAGUUACUAGAGUUUUUUAUGGAAAGGAUUACAUUUCUAUUGCAAAAAAGGAAGAUAGUAGAUGGGAUGAAUUAAAGCCAUAAAUAUUUGAACAUAUAAUGGAACAUUAUUAAUUAGAUUCUGAAGGAUAAGAAAAAAAAUUAAUUAUUGAAGGUUAUCAAGAAAGUCAAGAUACUUAAAUAAAUGAAAAUGAUUCAGAAGUAUUCUAUAUAUUAAAAUAGGUUGUUUAAUUAAUAAAAGAAAUAAUUGAUACUCGUAUAAGACCAACAGUAUAAGAAGAUGGAGGAGAUAUUGUCUUUAGAGAUUUUGAUGAAACAAGUGGAAUUGUUCAAUUAUACAUGAAAGGUUCAUGUGCAGGUUGUCCUUCAUCUUCUGUGACUUUGAAAAAUGGAAUCGAAAAAAUGUUGUGUCAUUAUAUUGCAGAAGUCAAAGAAGUUGUUGCUGAAGAUUAUAAUGGUUCUGAUUGA